AUGUAUCGUUUAGUUAGAAACUGCAAGUUACACUUUAAAAAGAAGGAAAAUAAUCCAAUCGCAUACAACACUCGUCCACGAUCUGUUGCAGUUGGAGAUUUUAACAAUGACUCUUGGCUUGAUAUCGUCGUUGCAAAUUCUCAAGUUGACGAUAUAGAGAUAUUUUUCGGAUUCGGCAAUGGGACGUUUGGUAAUAAAAAAAAAUAUUUCACUGGAUCUGAUUCACGUCCAUAUUCAAUCGCAGUUGCACAUAUCGAUAAUGAUACUAUACUUGAUAUUGCUGUGGCGAAUUUUGCUAUAAACAAUAUCGAUAUAUUUUUUGGAUUGGGCGAUGGUCGUUUCGAAAAACAAAAUUCAAUUUUUACGAACUCCUAUAAACCAAUUUGGAUCAGUAUAGCUGAUUUCAAUAAUGAUCAAAUAAAUGAUAUUGUAAGCGUCAAUUAUGGUAGGGAUAGUGUCAGUAUUUUUCAUGGGUGCGGAUAUGGAAAAUUUUCGAAACCAAUAAUAUAUUCGACAGGAUAUGAUUCUCUACCACUGUCAGUUACUACUGGAGAUUUUAACAAUGACAAUUAUCUUGAUAUGGUCAUUGCCAAUUUUGGUACGGACAAUGUCGGUGUAUUUCUUGGUUACGCCAAUGGGAUCUUCAGUAAUCAAACAAGAUUUUCAACGGGCCAUCAUUCUCGUCCGUAUUCAGUCGCCGUUGGCUAUUUUAACAAUGAUAAUUACUUGGAUAUAGCAGUUGCUAAUUAUGGAAUUAAAUGUAUAAGUGUACUCCUAGGUUAUGGUAAUGGAAGCUUUGGAAACCAAGUAACGUACUCUACCGGCACUACUUUUCCAUAUACUAUUAAUGUUGGUGAUUUUAACAAGGACAAUAGGCAAGAUCUAGUUGUUAGUGGUCAAGGCACCGAAAACAUAGGCAUACUCCUUGGUUAUGGGGAUGGUACUUUUGCAAUGCCAAUCAUGUAUACGACCGGUUCUACAUCAUCAGUAUCAGUUGCUGUGUGUGAUUUCAACAAAGAUAAUAGAUUAGAUGUCAUCGUGGUAAACAAUCAUACGAACAGUAUCGACGUUCUCCGUGGACACUAUCAGGGCUUUCAAGAAAGAAUGGGAUUUUCAACUGGAAAUUCACCGAGAUCUAUAGGUGUUGGUGAUUUUAAUAACGACACUUAUCUAGAUAUUGUUACUGCUAAUUUCGGUAGUAACGAUGUCAGUUUAUUUCUUGGAUAUGGCAAUGGAACUUUUGGGAUACAAACAACUUAUUCAGUUGGUACUAAUCCAAUUUCUGUUGCUGUCGGUGAUUUCAACAACGAUACUCAUUUAGACAUUGCUGUUGUCAACUAUGAAAGUAAUAGUAUAGGUGUGCUUCUCGGAUAUGGAAAUGGUAGUUUUUCAAUUGAGAGGAGUUAUCCAAGCGGUAUUCAUCCACUAUCAAUAGCUGUCGGUGAUUUCAAUGCUGAUGCUCAUUUAGAUAUCGUUGUUGCCAAUUCUGGAAACGAUAGUGUGAGCUUAUGUUUCGGUUAUGGAGACGGUACAUUUGCGUGUCAAAGCACCUAUUCUACUGGAAAUAUGCCAACAUCUGUAGCAGUUGGUGAUUUCAACAACGAUGCUUAUCUCGAUAUUGUUGUUGCUAACUUUGCAAGUGAUAGUAUAGGUAUUCUUCUCGGUCAUGGAGACGGUAGUUUUACUAGACAAGCAAUAUCGUCAACUGGACCAGGAUUUUGGUCUAUAGCUGUUAAUGACUUUAACAACGAUGAUCAACUGGAUAUUGUUGCCACCAAUGUUGACCGUCAAAAUAUAAGUGUAUAUCUUGGAUAUGGAAAUGGCAGUUUUGGUAAUGAAACAGGAUAUCCAUCAGGUACAUCGGGAGUGUGUGUAACGACUGGUGAUCUCAAUAAUGACACUUACAUGGAUAUCAUUGUUGCUAGCUCAGGCAGUGACGAAUUAGUUAUAUUUUUUGGAUAUGGUGAUGGUAGUUUUGGAAAGCCAACAAUCUAUUCAAGUGAUCAUGCUGUAAAUUAUGUGAUUGCUGUAGAUGUCAAUAAUGACAAUCGAUUGGAUAUCGUUGCUGCUAGUAGGGCAUGGUAUAAUAUAAGUGUAUUGAUUCAAAAAAAUAUAGGAGCACUAGAAAAAUAUGUUGUCCUGGCGUCGGGAAGUGGCUCUGGUCUUAGAGGUCUUAUAGUUUACGAUGUCAAUAAGGACAAUCGCUCUGAUAUCAUUACUACAAAUUAUGGUACUCAAAACGUUGGUGUACUUCUAGGAUAUGGGAAUGGUACAUUUGCAAAUGAAGUGACAUAUUCAGUCGGAUCAAAUUCGAAGCCGAAGUAUGCAGGCAUUGGUUAUUUUAACAAUGAUGCUCAUUUAGAUAUUGCUGUAGCGAGUGAUGGUACCAAAAAUGUUGAUAUACUUCUCGGUAAUGAUAAGGGAUCAUUUUCAGUUCAAAGCAGUUAUGGAAAUAGUUUUCAUCACGUUCCAUUGACUAUUGCUGUCGGAGAUUUAGACAACGAUGGGCAAUCAGAAGUCAUUGUUACUUACGAUGGAAAUGACACUAUCGAUGUUCUAGUUGCAUAUGAUGUCGGAUUAUUUAUCAGUGAAAGAUCCUAUCCAACUGCUUCCAUACCAAAUUCUGUCGCUCUCGGUGACUUCAACAAUGAUAGUCAUUUAGAUAUUGUCGUUGCCAAUUCUGGCAGUGAUAAUCUAGGUGUACGACUCGGAUAUGGUAAUGGCAGUUUUGCACAUGAAACAAUCUAUUCAACAGGUUUGGCGUCUGAUCCACGUUUUGUAGCAGUUAGCGACUUCAACAAUGACAAUCGCUUGGACAUUAUUGUCGCUCAUUGGAAGAAUCAUACAGUUGGUGUACGUCUCGGAUACGGCAAUGGCUAUUUUGGUGAGCUACGCACCUACUCAACUGAGGCUCACCCAGUGUUUGUAGCGAUCGACGAUUUCAAUGAUGACAACAUACUGGAUAUCGUUGUCGCUAAUUGGGGAAAUAAUAGUAUAAGUAUACUUCUUGGCUAUGGCGAUGGCACUUUUGAAAGGCAAAUUACCUAUUCAACUGGAAUUUCACCAUCGUCUGUUGCUGUUGGUGACUUCAACAAUGACACUCGACUAGAUAUUAUCGUUACCAACUCUGUAAGCGGUAAUGUGAGUUUAUUGCUCGGACGUAGUAAUGGUACUUUUGAAAAACAAACGAAGUUUUCGAUUGGAAGCAGGCCAUGGUCUGUGACUGUUGGUGAUUUCAACAACGAUACUCUAUUAGAUAUCGCCGUAGCAAAUCACUGGAGCAAGGAUCUAGUUAUACUUCUUGGGUAUGGUAAUGGUACUUUUGCACGUCUAACCACCUAUUUAGAUGGAACUAGUCCAAGGUUUGUAGCUGCUGCCGAUUUGAAUAACGAUCAUCAACUUGAUGUGAUCAUUGUGGGUGGGAAUAAUGAAAUUGGAAUACUCUUGGGAUAUGGUAAUGGCACUUUUGCAGAGCUAAUUACUUACUCUUCUCCUUUCGACUCAAAAUCCGUAGCUAUAGGCGACUUCAAUCAUGACAAUCGACUGGAUUUCGUUGUUGUUAAUUCUCGUAGCAAUAGUCUUGCCAUAUUCAUGGGUUAUGCCAAUCAAGCGUUUCAGAGAAAAACAACUCUCACAACUGGAAUGGGUUCACAGCCACAAUCGUCGGUCGUUGGUGAUUUUAACCUUGAUAAAAAUAUGGAUAUCGCCGUUGUGAAUUCAGGUACAGACACCAUUAGUAUAUUUCUUGGCUAUGGUAAUCUUUCAUUUGCACAACAGAUUAACUUUUCAACUAGCUCUCAAUCUUCUUCAUACGCGUUAGCUGCUGGUGAUUUUAACAACGAUAACAUACUGGACAUAGUUAUUGCCAUUCAAGAUAGCAACUAUGUACGCAUUUUUCUGGGAUAUGGCAAUGGGUCUUUCAUUUAUCAGAAUUUAUAUUCUACUGGUUUUGGUUCGCAUCCAUACUCUUUGGCUGUUAGUGACUUUAACAACGAUAAUCUAUUAGACAUAGCUGUUGCUAAUCGUGGUACGAGCAAUAUAGUUGUAUUCAUUGGAUUUGGCAAUGGUAGUUUUACAAAGGAAACUAUUUUUCCGAUUGGCUAUGGGUCUCUUCCCUUUGUUCUGAUUGCUAGCGAUUUUAAUGAUGACAAAAAGAUGGACCUUGCAGUGGCCAAUGCGGGAACUGACAGUGUAAAUAUUUUUUUACAGAGUUGCUAG